AUGUCUUCCAACUCGCCAUUAGGUCUCGCACAACUGUCACACUUGUCAACGUCUCGUAGUGAAAAUGGACGCUCUCCGUCCGCACCUCCCGGUGUCGACGUCGUCAGACCAUCGUCUUCUGGCCUGUCACGCCCUCCCGCUAUGGCUCUCCCCCCCUCUCAACCUCGUCUAUCAGCACAAGCUACCGCCGAGAGCUCGUACACUAGUACGACUAUAGAUCUGAUGCCUCAGCUCGAACGGUCUGGACCGUCGGUUGUGAAGACGCGAACAGGAAGCGUGCUCUCGAGAGGAUUCAUCUUGAAGACGGAUCACUACCCAUCAGGACGCGCUCUGGAUCUUGACCUGAAUGUACACGGAGCCCCGAACUUCAGAGCUCCCAGACAUGGCAACCUGAACGUGUUCGGCGUGGCGCAGCCACGCACACAAGGUCUUCGUGGUAUCCUGUCCGUACUACGCUGCCGGCCAAAUGCCUCUAACCCUACUCAUGUGGUGUGGUUCUGUACACGAGAAGAGCCAAUAGCAGCGUCUUACUUACUUUUUCUGAAAGUUUAUAUAUCUGGUCGACCAUUUGUUCUGCGUGACGCGUCUGAGCCUCGGCGGACGUUGAAGCUAUCUGAUCGCGCGGAAAAUCUGGAAGCUAUUGAACUACGUCUGAAAAAUGACAUUCUUGUAGAAGCCAACAAAUUCGGAGGGUUAAUACUUACUCACAAUGAAGUCGCUUCUGAUACUGGAGAUGGCCCUAUUCUGCCCACAUGGACUGCAGUCGACACCGCAAAUGUCAGAACUACUCGAGAGUUAAUGGAGAACAUGCACAACGUCGGCUGGAAUGUCGAGUAUCACCGUAUCCCGAUAUCUCCUGAGCGACCCAUAGAGGAUAACUACCUCGAUGCAUAUUUACGCGUCAUACAACAUACGGAUCCGUCAUCGACAGCUCUGGUAUUUAACUGUGGUAUGGGCGUCGUGAGAACUACCUUCGCCAUGGUAGCUGCGUGUAUCGUUCGACGGAAGCUUCUGAUUGCUCGUGGGAUGGACGACCCGUACGCCGGCAAGAUCAAGUCGGGUACUAGCACUCCGUCAAACAGCCAGCUGUCCAAUAUGAAGAUCGCACAGGCAUUAGAGCAGGCCAGCGCGCAGCAAGAUCACAAUAGGUCACUCCUCCGGAUCACCUACAUUAUACAGCAAUGCCUUGACACAAAGAGCUCGCGGUCCGCUAUUGAACUGCUCCUUACUCAGCCCGCGCUUCUUGAGAGUCUGCGCAAAGCACACAUGGGCAACUACGGUAUCAUUCUGAGUUUGUUGGGCUGUCUUGACCAUGGACUCAAGUCGAAAAGGCUCGUCGACAGAGUCAUCGAUUCCUGUGAUCAUGUCACGAACUUGCGGGAAGACAUCUUUAUGUACCGAGUGAAGUAUUCGCUGACGACGACGAUGGACGAAGCAGAACGGGAUACCUUCUUGAAAAAGGCCGUUCAAGCCCUUGAGAAGUACUUUUUCUUGAUUGCCUUUGCCGAGUACGUCGACACGCAGCCGGAUUUCUCGCAGAGCUUCUCCAGCUGGCUGAAGGCAAGGUCAGAGAUCUGGAACCAAGUCAUGUUUCUGCGCCGAUCGUAUGGGUCCAUUCUGAACGUCUUCGCGCCCGUCAGCGACCUUUCGUCACUGUCCAAGACGGGCUCUCAAGGUGGGGUCUUAGUUCCUGGACGGCGGAACGAUGUCGCAAUUUCUGGAGGACAGAUACUGGGCGACGAAUAUUCUGAUCAUGUCAUUAACAAUCGUAGUGGGAUUAUCUUGCGAGAAGGAACUUUGCUGAAGUCCGACUUGUGGCUGAGCCAGUCUCAUCAUGUCGAGGACGGCGUGAGAGGUGCCAUCAACUUCCGGAAUGUUCCCGGCACAAAAAUAUAUGCGCUCGGCCAACCGACACUGGAGGCCAUCGACGAGGUAGUGAGGCGCGUACGCAGCGCGCACCCAUCCGCGGACCGCGUGAUGUGGAUUACACUCAGGGAAGAGCCGAUUGUGUACGUCAAUGGUGCACCGUACUGCCUGCGACGCGAGCGGUUCUCGCUCCGCAACAUGAAAGACUACGGCGGUAUAUCCGCUUCGAGGUUGGAGGUACUUGAGGAGCGGCUCAGAGACGAUGUGCUUGCGGAGCUGAACGCCUUCGGAGGCAGGCUGCUCCUACACACGGAGACUCCGGACGGAGCUGUCAUACCAGUUUGGGAAGAAGUAGAAAACCAGAAUGUUUCCGUGUUGAAGGAUGUCAUGGCUGUGCGCAAGCACAUUGGAGAUGAAGCUGAGCUCUGCUAUGCGCGCAUACCCAUAACGGCCGAACGGCCGCCAGACUUCUCCGAUUUGAGCGAGCUGAUCGACGUGGUCGUUCGCAACAGCGGAUCGCAUACACCUAUCGUAAUCAAUUGUCAGCUUGGGCGCGGGAGGAGCACCUUGACUUCUACUAUCUUAGUUCUCAUACAGCAGUGGCUAGAAGAUGCUGCCAGAGUUAAAUCAUCCACUAUACCGCGUGUACGCAGCCGAUCGGUUACUUCAUCGUCAACUGCAAGGCGCGUCGGCAUCAACGGGCAUCUACCAUCACGUCAUUCCUAUCAGGUCAUCAACAACCUCCUGCGUGUCAUCCGCAAAGGACCUGCCGUGAAGGGCAUUGUAGACGACGCGAUAGAUCAGUGCGCACAAGUUGUGAACUUGCGGGACGCCAUCGAGGAAGCGAGAGCGCAAGCGGAACAAGCUACAGACCAGCAGCGGAGGCGUUCAUACGCACACAAAGGAUUGCACUAUCUCAGACGCUACUUCGAGCUCAUCCUCUUUCAGGCGUAUCUGCAAUCUGUCGAGCCAGAUACCAUGCAGUCCUUUGAAACGUUUGAGUCGUUCGUAAAGAGCCGUCCUGUGAUUAAGACCUUUGAAAAGGAGCUGACUGUGGACGAUAUGAGUACCCUACAGCCCUUGGAACGGGCGGACUUCGCAGAUGGUGUUGCUCUACCAGACGAAGUUCGACAGGUCGUCACCAACCGCGCCGGAAGUAUUCUCUCUGCUUCAACUAUCCUCAAGAGUGAUUUUUUCUCAAACCUGCAGAAGAUGAGUCUGCCCGAACGGAUAGAGGGGGCACCUAAUUUCCGACGUGUCCCACUUAAGCUCCGCCUAGUAUCUUCCGAUACCUUGUCGGCCCCUGACCAGGCGGACUUCUUGACUGAGACUGUGACUGACGGUAGGUGGGUCUGUGGAAGUGGAAUGCCCACGGUGCAAGGGCUGAGGCGUGCAUUAGCACGAGUGGAUUGUAGCCCAGACAGCCACAACAUGGUCUAUUGGACAUCGCUGCGAGAGGAGCCGGUAAUAUACAUCGCUGGCAGACCUCAUGUCUUGCGCCUCAUAGACAAGCCAUUAGAGAACGUCGAAGCUACUGGUGUGACGACUGCUAUGGUGGAAGCAAUGGAAGAGAACUUCAAGAAGGACGUCUUGAACGAAGUUCACUCCGGCGGCGGCCGCAUUCUGCUGCACGAUGAAGUUGAGGAGCGUCCCGGUGUAUUCUCUAUCAUACCCAUCUGGGAAGACGUCACUGAUCAAGACAUCAUGACACCGCGAGAUGUCUUUGACCUCAUGGUAAGAGAAGACUACAAGGUGGACUAUGCCCGGAUUGCCGUGACGGACGAACAAGCACCACUCCCUGAUGCUCUCUGGCAAUUGCUCGAGCGCGUUCGCUCAGGACUUGUCAGUGGUAGAGUGAGCGAUUUCUUCUUCAACUGCCAGAUGGGUCGGGGUCGCACAACGACUGGCAUGAUUGCUGCGUGCCUUAUCUCGACAACGCUGAGUUGGGAGCAUGAAUUGGAGAGGGGUCUGCUGUCACCAAAAAUAGAAAGUGAAUAUGGACUAGAACAAUACGACUUAAUUGAUGGGCCUUCUGAGGAAGAGGCGUACUUACAAGGAGAGUACAAGGUUAUCUUGCAACUCGUCGGGGUACUCUCGCAUGGGAAGGUAGCAAAGCGGCUUACCGACCAAGCGAUCGACCUUAUGCAAGACGUACAGAAUUUGCGCAAGGCUAUAUACGAUUAUAAACUGAAAGUGAAUGCGAGCGAGAAAGGCAGCGCUCGACAGUCCAAGUUGAUGGACCUCGGCGUGAAUUACCUGUAUCGUUAUGGGACGAUGAUUGUAUUCGCCAACUAUCUCAUCGAGGCGCGGGAAGGGAAGUUGCAAGGAUCGGAUGUGCCCUUUCCCGCGUGGCUUAGGGAGCGGAGGGAAAUCACCAGGCUCUUGGGACGCAGGUCACUAGACUGA